UCAACGCCGGUAUCCUCCAGCGCUCGGAAGACAGCCUAGCUCAGCUUCCAGCCCCUGCACUAGCGGUGGGCGGGGCCGGCCUGCAGCAAGCCAGCCAAUGAAGCAAGAGGCGGGCCGCAACUACCCGCAGGAGGAAGAGUCAAAGUUCAGGAGCUGGAGCCUGCCCGGAACCUGGGAAACGAAAUCCCCCUACCUAACCGUGAUGCUGAGUUCCCCACUGAGCCCCCAGAAUGGCACCUGGACAGAGACCUUCUCUCUGCUUUUGGCUCUUGGCGUUGCCCUCUACUUGGGCUACUACUGGGCAUGUGUGCCCCAGAGGCCGCAUCUGGUGGCUGGGCCCCAGUUUCUGGCCUUCUUGGAGCAACACUGUCCGGUCACUGUGGAGAUUUUCUACCCCACACUGUGGUGUUUUGAGGGACGGCUACAAACCAUCUUUCGAGUCCUCCUGCAGUCUCGGCCUGUAAUCUCUUACCGGAGUGAAGUCCUUCAAACCCCAGAUGGAGGUCAGUUCCUGCUAGACUGGGCUGAGAAGCCUAACAGCAGCAACCAACCUGACCCUACUACCCAGCCCAUAGUAUUGCUGCUUCCAGGUAUCAGCGGCAGUAGUCAGGAGUCAUAUAUCUUACACCUGGUUGACCAAGCUUUGAAGGAUGGCUAUAGGGCUGUUGUGUUUAAUAACCGUGGCUGCCGUGGGGAAGAACUGCUGACCCACAGGGCUUACUGUGCCAGCAACACUGAAGAUCUAGAGACGGUUGUGAAGCACAUAAAGCACCACUACUCCCAAGCUCCACUUCUGGCUGUGGGCAUCUCUUUUGGAGGGAUACUGGUAUUGAACUACCUGGCACAGACUGGGAAGGCUGGGGGAUUGGUGGCAGGACUGACUAUGUCUGCAUGCUGGGAUUCCUUUGAGACUGUUGACUCUUUGGAGACACCCCUCAACUUACUGCUCUUCAACAGGCCCCUCACUGCUGGACUCUGCCGGCUUGUGGCCAGAAACAGAAAGACGAUUGAAAAGGUGUUGGAUGUAGAUUUUGCAGUAAAGGCCCACACAAUCCGCCAACUUGAUGAGCGCUACACAUCUGUGGCCUUUGGGUAUAAAGAUUGUGCUGCCUAUUACCAAGCCUCGAGCCCAAGAACCAAGGUAGUUGCUAUCCAGACCCCUGUGCUCUGCCUUAAUGCAGCAGAUGAUCCCUUCUCCCCAUUCCAUGCCUUCCCUCUACAGGCUGCCCAGCACUCUCCCUAUGUUGCACUGCUCAUCACAGCUCGGGGUGGCCACAUUGGCUUCCUGGAAGGGCUGCUGCCCUGGCAACACUGCUACAUGAACCGUGUUCUACAUCAGUAUGCUCGAGCCAUUUUCCAGCACCUGGCAGAGCUGCCUGACCCCAGACCACUCAUCCCUUCUGAAGAUGGAAAGAGCUGACAAGACUCUGGCCGUCUCAGUUCAAUCUUUAUUAAAUACCAGCUCUUCCUUCCUAA